AGUGCUGUUUGAUCGUUUUUGUUACCAAUUCAACAUCUCAGACUCAAAAAAGAUAUGGAACUCGGAAAAUGUUUGCCCUUACUGGUUUGUAUUGUUGGCUGUCUUCACAAUUCGCAAGCUCUCAAUCGAGAUUCCUCAGAUUCAGAGGGAUUGUUGUUGAUAAUGAUGGUAGAAGAAACAUUUCGUCACUUGAAUAUCACGGGGAUCAUCUCAGCCCGAGUUGAAGACGGCGACGAAUGUGGAUUUGCUUGUGCAGCCAACCCAAAGUGUUUUUCAUACAACUUGGAGGCAAAUAUCUCCGUAACCGGAACAGGCCUGUGUGAGCUACUUCCAUCAGACAAGUAUAACAAUUCGGAUAAAUUCAUCAAAAGCCGAAGGUUUCAUCAUUACAGUAUUAAGUCCCGCUGCAGCAGUGGACCUUGUCAGAAUAGGGGGACAUGCGUUACACAGUACGACAACAACAGUUAUGUAUGUGUCUGCGCCAUCGGGUUUACGGGGAAAGAUUGCCAAAUAAAUAUCGACGACUGCAAGAAUGAUCCAUGUCAGAACAAUGGAACCUGCAUUGACCGAGUCAAUGGAUUCGACUGCCGUUGUCCACCAGGAUUUUCUGGCUCUCGAUGUGAACUUGAAAUAGGCAUUUCCAUCAUGUCUACAAUUUUGUCUGACAACACUGACUUCCUCCGCAACCUUUCACAUUUCCUGACACCUGCUGUCGGAAAAACUUCACGAUGGCUGCUGUGCCACCGCGCCUCCACGCACGGCUGGGCUGCAUCAACCUUCCACACCAGGUGCGACAAUAAGGAUCACACCGUGACCAUCAUCAAAAAUGGCCAGUACGUGUUUGGAGGAUACACUGAUAUACCUUGGGAUUCUAGUCCACAUGGUAGUUAUGGUACAACUACCAAUGCUUUCAUAUUUUCUCUACGAAACAAAGAAGAGCUUCGUCCAUUUAAGAGCAUGGUGUUACAAAAAAAAUAUGCAAUUUUCCGGGCCCUAGGAUAUGGUCCGACAUUCGGAGAUGGUCAUGACAUUCAUAUAUCGGAUAAUGCUAACAGAAACGACCGUUCAUACACCAAGUUUGCUAACGCAAGUAAUGGCUACUACGAGACACCAAAAGGAGUCAAAGAUCCAUCGACAGUCUUGGCUGGGACACAAAACUUCUCACCUGAUGACUGGGAGGUGUUUUAUCUUGGUUAAAAGACCUUUCCAUCAACAUCACUGCCUUCAAAAAACGCUUUACUAGACUGUCAUUCAAUUGGCUAUGAAGAGCUACAUGUUACUCUCCGUACAACUAGAAAUAUCAUGUGUUAGUUUGAACGUUGCAUGUAUUUAUCUGCCAUCCUAGAUUAUCUUGGUGGCUUCUACUUGUCCGCACUGAGAAAUUUAGGGUAUCCCUUGUAACUGUAAUCCAACAGAUUGACAUGGGCACAAAUUAAGGAUAUGCCUUUAAAAAUACAUAAAGGAUAAUUCUGUCAAAAAUAAUAGUAAUAAUGAUAAUAUUAGU